AUGUACGUAGUGGAAGAUGAACAUUUAUUAAGAGUAAAAAUUGGGUUCGAGACAUUUGUUACUGAAUGGGAACGGCGCCGCAACAGCACUGCUGUGGAAGUAGCAUUCCCGCCACCAGAAGGACAAUCACGAUUCCUUGCUUCCGCUAGGGCACUGUUCUUAACGGCAGCCAUCUCACGAGGCCCCUCGAAAGUGCAAUGGCUUCUAUUUCCACUGGAUGAACGCAUCAUGUGCGAGGGUCAUAUCGCACUCCAGCGCUGCGGUGGUGGCCAGAGCAGUCGAAAGCAGAACGGCUCGCUCCAGCGUUUCACAGCUCCCUCAGCAUUCUUGAUUUUGCAACCUGUCAUCAAGAGAGUGAACUGCCAAUAUGAAUGGCAAGCUUAUGAUUCUCCCAGUCGAUACGCCAGCUGGAUUCAUUAUUCUCUGAGUGAACGCCUGUCACUGGUUCCACGAAAUGGAUUGUACUUAAAUGUAGCCGUUUCAAAAGAUUGUAUAGAUAAUUCUAAUGGAAUUUGCAUGUUGCAUAAUCAAUUGCAAUUAUGUGGGAAAAUCUCUUCUGACCACACUUCCAGACGAAUUACUCUCACGGACCGUCAACGCACGAGGCGGGAUAAAUCAGGCUGGAUUGAAUACGCGUGCAAAAAAAGGUGGAACAUGUUAAGAGAUUCUUACCGGAAAGCAGUUCGUAAGUCAAUAUCAGCGAGGAGUGAACAAAACUCGGAGCUCACUACAACAUUUAAGUUUGAGAAACAAAUGAAAUUCCUCCUGCCUUAUUUUGCUGAAAGGCAACACAAUUCAAAUAGUACAUUUCCUGUCAAUGAUCAAUAUGAUGAAUACGAAGGAAGAAUAAAGGAAGAAGAAGAAGAAGAAGAUUCGUUCAUAAUUCCUUCACCCAUGGAACCAUUUAUAUCCCAAGAAGACGCCUUAUCCCCUUCACUACAUUCUGAAGAAAUUUCGAGAACACCUUCACAAUCUUGCGAUCCUGUAUCCUUUAUUCCUGGACACUCCCAAAGUCCUCACAAUGAAGGAAACGCCCCCGCAUUAUCUACAGUACUACGUAAUUAUUUUGAAAGUAAGAUUCAAAAGAAACAAUCGGAUCAUUUGACAAAAUUUUUUUCUGCAAUGGAAGAGACUACUGCAUUGCUCAAUGUUAUUGUCAACCCUGUUUUGUUGUCUAUAGUAUUCUUGAAGCGGCACAUGAAACCUUAUCUCUUCCUUUGUUUGCACCGACGAGAAACUCCAUCACGAAUUCUCUUAUUCAGCGACGCUGUCAGUCAUCCUGAUACCGCGUCACAAAUUGCUCCCACUCCGACGCUUUUAGAAGCUGUUGGUAGAAGACAGGAAAUUUGUAGGGAAUUUGCUAAUCUUUUGAAUUCCAAAGGAUCCGAUGUUACAUUGUCGCCUUCCUUUGAAUACAUAUGCGCUAUUCGGAAGUUUGUACGAGUAGUUUGUUUCGCGAUGAAGUGUCUUUCUCCCGGCGCACUUUUCGGGGCCCCAUUGCCCGAGGCGUACGCCCCGCGCGUGCCACCUGCCACGCUCCCGCCCCGGCCGCCAAUUUCCCCGUUCCCAGAGGGCGCUUCCCGAAAACCAACUUCUCCGUUUCCCCGUGCAAGAGCUGCGCGGGUGGCAGCGGGAGCCCUGGCGCACUGUGUGUUCACGGGCACAGAAGGCGGGCAAAAUUCAUUUUAUAGGAGUCGCCUGCGCCCCCUUAAAAGAGUCGCCACAUGA